AUGGGUUAAAAUUAAAAUUCAUGGCUGGAUUUAUUGGUGCUAAUCAAGAAAUCCUUGAAGGUUCUAAUGGUGAAUCUGUUGUUUCUCCUGUGAAUGGAUGGUCUAUUAUUGAUAAUCCAAAUGACUCUAAUGAAUCUGAUGA